AUGGCUUCCUCUUCCUCUGCAGCAGCUGCGACAGCUACUACAGCACUCCACCCCUGGGAAACCGAGGCCCUCACAAAGACAACCUGGAAAUUCGAAGGUCGCUUACGAAAAUUCACAGAGGCGGAAGCAAAAGCUCUGAUCAUCAGUCACGGCGGGCACGUCCUCCCUCCUCCCAUCCCCUUGUUACAACUACCCCCGCGCGCGUGUCUGCUAACUCAAACCAGACGAAUGGCAGAGGAAAACGAAACCCCAACCCACACCCUCGAAGCCGGCUCCGAAGGCACCUAUUUCGCCAUAUACGGCGGCAACAAAACCGGGCAUAUCUUCGAACCUGGCUUCAUCCUUUACAUUCGCAGCAACGCAAUCGGCAAGCGCAUGAACUUUGCCAAACCCGGCUGUCUCGAGGAUUUGGUAUUUGCUGUUCUCGGGACGCUACCGUGGUUGACGAUAAGUGAGGUUGGGGAGAUUGUUAGGGAGAGUGGCGGGUAUGUCUUCUCUCGCCCCCCCGGCACAACAGUAUGGAAAGAGAGCUGACUAGGUGAUAGUGCCCUCCUCCGCAAAGGCAAACGCCAAAAAGUUCCCAUCGAGAAGCCUCUCGAUUACAUCAUCGUCGGUGAAGGCGCGGACCCGGCAGAUAUCGAAGCGGCAAGGAGCUUGGAUAUUGACGUUAUUGAUGAGCAAGGAUUGUUCGAUGUCGUGCAUGAUAAGGAUGGGAUGAGGACCAAGAAGACGGGUGUUACCGAGAGCCGGGCUGAGAAGUUUUUCAAGUCCCUGAGGGAAAGGGAUGAAAAGGAAAAGGAAAAGGAAAACGCGGGGGAGGGGAGUGGAGGUGGUCUUUCUACGGAUAAUUCCACCGGCAUCCAGUACCCAGCCCCAGUGGGAGCUCCGUUGCCAAUGGCGGACGGCGGGAUGAAUAACCCAGAGGAUCCUCCCGCCCCCAGCAUGAAGCGCAAGGAGAGUUAUCCAGCCGUGGGCAUCGAUAGCACUAACCCGCCACCGCAGAAAAGGCAGGAGAUGUCAUCGGCGAGGGGCGCAAAUGGACCCAUCGUCCUAGAGUGAUUCAACGAUCAAACCCCUAUUUCGCUAGCGGACCAGGACAGUCUCUCAUCAUUCUUAUCGAUAAUUUUAUUUGUACAUUACAUGAUGACCAAACUUCGUAUUUCUAAGCUAUGGAUACUCUAAUCUUGACAAAAG